AUGAAAUUAGAUAUUAAUUGUUGUGAAGAUGAUGAUAUUCUGAAUCUAUUGUAUGUUUAUCUCAUUAUUUAUCAUCAGCUCCGAAAAUUAAUCACCGAUCUUCCAGGGUUUUAGAUUAAGUGAAAAAGGAAUCAAAUAUCAUAAGCAAUGCAAGAAAGGUUAAAAAUAAUAAACCAUAACUCAUAAUGAUUUUUAACUCUUCACCAAAUUAAAAUAGGAAGGUUUAGGCAAUGUCAAGAAGGUCUAUCUUAAAGGAACUCAAGAGAUGUAUGCAUUGAAAGUAAUUGUAUUCAUUAUUAUUAGAAAAUUAAAUUUCUCUCUGGCGCUAAUCAAGAAAAUAAUUGAUUAGAGAAUUGGAUGCUUUAAUCUCUUUUGAAUCCGAUUUCAUAGUAUAAUGUUAUGGAGCUUUAUAUUCUCAAGGAUAUAUUUGCAUUUGGCUUGAAUAUAUGAAUUUAGGAACCUUGGAUUGGUUACUGCAAAAGGAUGGAAUCAUCAUAGAACAAAUGAUGAUGAUGAUCACUUAUAAAAUAUUAUAAGGAUUGGAUUACUUACAUUAUAAACACAAAAUUAUCCAUAGAGACAUCAAAUCACAUAAUAUAUUAAUUCUGAAGGAAACUUAAAAAUUACUGAUUUUGGUCCAGGAAAUUUAAAUACUUAAUUUAUUUAUGGAAAAAUAUUAUAAUUUAGACUGUAUUUGCUAAACCGUAUCAACUGGAUAAUAUUUGAAUACUUAUGUUGGCGAAGUUUUAUGUAUGUCAUCUGAAAGGUUACAGUCUAUGAAUUAUGGAAUGGAUGCCGAUGGUUGGAGUUUAGGUAUCAUGCUUUUAAAAUAUUUUAAGUGGAAAGCAUCCCUUUAAAUAUUGCAAAAAAAUAAAUUAGAAAAAGUAUUACUCGUAGAUUUAAUAACUAAAACAAAUCCCGGAGUUUGAUGGUAAAUAAUAUCUUUAAGAAUAUAAUUGGUUACCUGAAGCCAAGGAGAUUAUUUAGAAUGUUUACAGUUGCUCUUAAAUAAAGACAAAAUGUAAAGGAAUUAUUGUUAAGUAAGCUAUUGUAAAUGGCUAAAAAUAUUAAUGAGUAAAUAAUUCAUUAAUGA